AUUAAAAAUUAAAUAACUGUCCAAUGUUCUAUGAUUUUGGGCAACAUUAAAAUAUCAGCUGUUAGCAAAGCUAUAGAAACUGUAUUUUUUUCUAUGGACUUUGCAAAAAAGCAGGCCUCUUAAAAGAUAAAGUAUUGCAAAAAUGGGAGAAAAAGAAAAGAAGUACGACCGACAACUUCGUUUAUGGGGUGACCAUGGUCAACAAGUUUUAGAAAGAGCACGAAUCUGCCUCAUCAACGUUACAGCAACCUCAACAGAAAUACUAAAAAAUCUUAUUUUGCCAGGAGUUGGAAGUUUCUUGAUCCUUGAUGGAGGAAGAAUCUCAGGAGAAGAUGCUGGAAACAACUUCUUCCUUGAUCCAAGUGCUAUUGGACAGUUAAAGGCAAAGGUAGCAACAGAGCUGCUGUUGGAAUUAAAUCCAGAUGUAAAAGGAGACUACACAGAAGAGGAUCUUAACCAGUUGCUGGAUAGAAACCCUCAGUUCUUCCAGUGUUUUACUGUUAUUAUAGCAUCAUCUCUUGAUGUGGUAACACAUAAGAAGCUAGCAGCACUACUAUGGAAGCAUAACAUUCCACUUGUUACAUGUUACAGCUAUGGGUUUAUUGGUUACAUGCGUAUUAUUGUACGUGAACACUGCGUUGUUGAAUCACAUCCUGAUAAUGCACAUGAGGAUCUGAGACUGCUGGAUCCUUUUCCGGAGCUGGUUGAGUACAUUGAUUCCAUUGAUCUUGAAAAAAUGGACAAGAAGCAGCAUUCCCACGUACCAUACUUAGUUAUUCUGUAUAAGUUUCUGCAAGCUUGGAAAAAUGAGCAUGGAGGCCAAGCACCAAAGAACUGGAAGGAGAAAAAGUUGUUUAAAGAGAAGGUGCUGCAAGGAGUGCGAAUAAAUGAGCACGGGAUGCAGGAAGAUGAAGAGAAUUUUGAAGAAGCUUCCAAACAAGUUAACACUGCACUGGUGGAAAGCAAAAUUCCAGAGAACUUACAGCAAAUAUUUAAUGACGCAAAGUGCUGUAAUAUUUCUGAGAACAGCACCAAUUUUUGGAUUUUAGCAAAUGGAUUGAAACAAUUUGUACAAAACAAUGACAAAUCGUCUUUACCACUUCGUGGGUCAUUACCUGACAUGUUUUCUGACUCUGAAAGCUAUGUCAAGUUGCAGAAUAUCUACAAAACAAAAGCGAAGCAGGAUAUAGAUUUACUCACAAGUUAUAUACGAGAUUUUGGUGCAGUAAAUGGCAGACUGUCUGAUCAAGAAAUUAAACGAUUUUGUCGGAACGCUUCUUUCCUUCAAGUAGUCCGAAGCAGGUCUCUGUCAGAAGAGUAUGAAAAUGCAUCACAAUCCAUUUUGGAUGGUUUAAUAUCAGAAGGAGAUUCUGACGCAAUAUGGUAUGUGAUGCUGCGAUGUGUUGAACAGUUUUACACAAACUUUUCGCGUUACCCUGGUGUCAAAGCUGAUGAUAUUGACAUUGAUGUUACAAGGCUAAAGAAUUGUGUGCAAGAACUAACUCGUUCAUGGGGUGUGCCUGGUUUGGUGGAGGCAAUGUCAGAUGACUAUGUGCAAGAGAUAUGUAGAGUUGGUGCAGCAGAAAUACACUCUGUUGCUUCCUACAUGGGUGGUGUUGCCGCGCAAGAAGUUAUUAAACUAAUAACCGCACAGUAUGUGCCCAUUGUAGGAGUCUAUAUUUACAAUGGAUUGAAAUCAACAUCUGUUUCUUUAAAUGUUUAGAACUAUAUUGUGUUCUUAAUUUUUCAACAAAGUUCAUUCAAAUUUUUCCUAUACUCUGCUACGCAUUAAUUGUGUCUCAGUAAUAUAUUCUUGUAUUAGCGAAGUAAAGUCUCUAUGUAAUUUUUCUGCGCGCAUACACUCUAUGUCACAAAAUGAAACCAAUUUGUAUUUUGCAUUUGCAG